AUGACGUCAGCGGCGCGAGGCGUGGCGCGGCGAGGCGCGGGGCGAUGGCGCGGGGCGGGGCGGGGCGAGGCGAGGCGAGGUGAGACGAGGCGAGACGUGCGUGGCGGGGCUUCGCGGGGCGGGAACGCGGGGCGGCGCGAGCGCGUCCGAAGCCGGGCGUUCGUUCAGUCCGCUGCCAUCAGCCAGAGCGCGCGAACGUCGGCAGCCAGCAACGCACCCACGCUCCGCAGUCCAGUGUCGACCCGAGGAAGCUCUUUCAGCCACAUUGACAUAAAGAAAAAUCCCCCAAACGCACGACUGGCGUUCAAACGGUCGAACGCUUGGCCCGGGCGCGGCGCGGCGCGGCGCGGCACGGCGCGUCGGUUUGAGAGAGCGGGAAACCUGCUCCAGCGAGGCGGCGCGGCGCAGCGCGGCCACGCGGUCCUUGCCCCGCGCCCGCAACAAGGCCUAGCAGAGUCUGGUGCUGAGAUUAGGACAUGUUGUUUUGACACAGGUGACCCGCAGCUAGCUGUGAAUCGUUGCGUGUUGGAGCUCACCAAGUAUUUUAAUUCAAUAGGCAAAGAGUGCAAACGAAGGCACGAGGUACGGCUGCAGUUGGAGGAAGCAAAGAGGGAAAAAAAUGAAUGA